AUGUCAGUCAUGAAGCCCUGUUUAAUGACCAUUGCCAUCCUUAUGAUCCUGGCUCAAAAGACUCCAGGUGGCCUGUUCGGAUCCCACAAUGGCAAGAGCUGAGAGCCUUGGAAUCCAUGUGAGCUUUACCAAGGCAUGUGCAGAAACACCUGCAGAGAAUAUGAAAUCCAAUACUUAACCUGCCCAAAUGAUCAAAAGUGCUGCCUAAAACUUUCUGUGAAAAUAAGUUCUAAAAAUGUGAAGGAGGAUUACGACUCUAACUCCAACUUGUCAGUUACAAACAGUUCAAGCUACUCUCACAUUUGA